CUGAAAGGCUGAAACUGAAGGAGCGAAGGACGAAAACAAUGGCGACUUCUUCACCUGCAUCCUCCAUGGCUGCUGCUGAGGAUUCUACUCAUUCACUUCUUAAGAAGAUAAGGAGUCACGAGGUUUCCAUAGCCGAGCUCGCUGCGCUCUCUUCCUCUAGGCCUAGGGCCGUUUAUCAGAAAAAUGGGAACAUUUUCUUCCGUACAAGUGCCCAACAGGCCACAGCAUCCGAACAGCAACAACUUGAUACAGCGAAAGCAAAGCUACAAAAACUGAAUCUUGCUAGCGGAAACUAGACCUACCGGUUCAUAUUCUACAUGCGGAGAAAUGACAAGUUCUAUUCAAAACGCAAACGGCCUGAUCUCUCCAAGUAAAUGCUUAUCUAUAUCUCUUCACAUCGAUCGUACACAUGUUAUUCUUAUCAAAAUAUGGUGGAUAUAUCAGCUUCCGAAUUGACCUCUUCUGUUUUCUGGCAAAAGCUGUGUGGCUUUUUUAGUUACAAUUUGUCGUCAUUUCUGUUUCCGAGAUGAUAAUUAUAUACGUAACCACAAACUGUGUCCGUUGUGUUCAA